AAGAAAACCUAUAGAAUUCAGACUCAGCAAAGAAUCCUUAUAGGAUAUCUUCUUCCUAGAAUUCAAGCCUUCAAUCAUCUUAUCCUCCUUCCCACCCUUGCGAUAUCUAUCAGUGUUCGUAUUGGAAAAAACAAAGUUACUCCUUCCUUCAUUGAUUUCGCCUUCAAGAUCACCACCCUUAUCCUCGCCACCAUUACCUCCAUUAAUCUCCAGACGCUCUCUCUUUUCCUCACUCAUUUUAUUCAGUCCAAUUUUGAAGACAUUGCUUUACACUCGAGUUUCCCGUCCUCCUUCCAAAGAAACGAUUCAUCUCAUAUACAAAACCGUAUUGAUGGUUAAAAAAAAAAAAAAAAACGUAAAAAACCGCAUGCCACGUCAGAUGUGCUGACAUGGCGGACCAUCAAUCAAGUUAGAUAGGCAAAUAUAGGCGACAGGCUACAGCGGGAAUCAGAAGCACUCGAGUUAGCCACCCACGGGGACAAGGCGAUGGAGGCGCUUAGAAUAUGGACCUUAGCCUCGCAGCCACUGAAGCGCUUCUCUCGCCUCGUCUCUUCCUCCACUACCACCACCAUUAGGCGGACACCUACUAGAGUGGUUCUUCGCUGUUGCUCUUCUUCCGCCACCACCUCAAGCAAUGUCGACCAAGGUGCUCCCAAGGGCGCUGGUCGUAAUCGCCGGUCUUCUUCGUCUUCGUCUUCUACUUCCGAUAGGGAAGCUGUCAGAGCCAUUCGGUUGAAGAAGGUUGAAGAAUUGAGAAGCAAGGGGCUUGAUCCAUAUGCUUAUGGAUGGGACAGAACUCACAGUGCUGAUCAGCUUCAAAAUAUAUAUAAAAAUUUAGAAAAUGGAGUGAAAUUAAAUAGCGAUAAUGAUCAAGUAUCUGUGGCAGGAAGGAUUAUUGCUAGGAGGGCAUUUGGAAAGCUUGCUUUCCUGACACUUAGGGAUGAUUCAGGAACUAUUCAGCUUUACUGUGAUAAAGAGAGGCUCCCGGGUGAUCAAUUUGAGCAAGUAAAAGCAUUUGUUGAUAUUGGUGACAUACUAGGUGCUAGAGGUUCUAUAAAACGCACUGAGAAAGGGGAGCUCUCUGUUUAUCUGAAUUCUUUUGUGAUCCUUACAAAAUCUCUGCUUCCACUACCUGACAAAUACCAUGGAUUAACUGACAUAGAUAAGCGUUAUCGCCAGAGGUAUGUAGAUAUGAUUGCAAACCCAGAGGUAGCAGAUGUAUUUCGUAAAAGGGCAAAGAUUGUAUCAGAGAUACGCACAACAAUGGACUCCUUAGGGUUUGUUGAAGUUGAAACUCCGGUUUUGCAGGGCACAGCUGGGGGAGCUGAAGCCAGACCAUUUAUUACAUAUCAUAAUUCUCUUCAACGGGACUUGUAUCUGAGGAUUGCAACUGAACUUCAUUUAAAGAGAAUGCUGGUGGGAGGGUUUGAAAAAGUAUAUGAGAUUGGCCGGAUAUUUAGAAAUGAAGGAAUUUCUACUCGUCAUAAUCCUGAAUUUACAACUAUUGAGAUGUAUGAGGCAUAUUCAGACUAUCAAAGCAUGAUGAAUUUGGCAGAGGAGAUUGUCACUCGGUGUGCUCUUGCGGUUCAUGGAAAACUUACUGUUGAUUACCAGGGGGAUGAAAUAUGUUUGGAGCGUCCCUGGAGAAGGGAUACCAUGAACAACCUUGUAAAAGAAACUGCUGGAAUUGAUUUCAAUGAGUUGGGAAGUGAUCUAGAUGUUGCAAAGAAAGUUACUCUAAGCACCCUUGGCAAUAACCUUGAUAAGAAAGAUAAAGCUUCCAUCGAUGCAUGCCAAUCACUUGGCCACCUCCUUAAUGAGGUUUUUGAGAUUGUUGUAGAACCAAAACUUAUCCAACCUACAUUUGUGUUAGACUACCCAAUUGAAAUAUCACCCCUGGCUAAGCCCCACCGAAGUCAGCCUUGUAAUCGUGUAUAUAUAUCUGCUCAGAGGAAUAAUAGAUCAUUCAUUCUGGUCAAUAUACCUACAUGGUAUCAGAGCUGAUCGACGGUUCUGACCCAGAAAACGCAGACGAUAGCGUACGACCAGUAGAGGAGUCACAGUCGAGCAACUCAAGACCUUUGUCCAUGGGCUCGAGCACCGAGAACUCCUCAUCGUACACCCAUGGUGGAACUCCCCUCAGGUUGAGUUCUGCCGAAGGGUCUUCUAUUCUCCUGGUGUCCGAUAAAUUCAACGAACAUAAUUACCGUGAGUGGGCUCAAGCUAUACGGCUCGCUAUUGGUGGUCGGGAAAACUGGGCUUCAUCACCGGUACGUCUAAGGUACCAGACGAGUCAGACGCAGCAGCCUUAUCAAAGUGGGAGACCAAGAACUCACUAGUUGCUUCAUGGUUGGUCACAGCCAUGACUCCACAGGUUCGACGCUCCUUCAUGUUUCUGCCUACUGCGAGAGACAUUUGGGAAGCUGUUCGAGAAUCAUACUCGGAUGGUGAAGACAGUGCUCGAACAUAUGAGCUGAAAACUCGAAGCUGGCAGAUUAGACAAGCUGAACGUGACUUGACUGAAUAUUGGUUAGAACUCGUUACCAUAUGGCAGGAGAUCGACCUCAACACAGAAGAGGAAUGGGCUUGUGCUCCUGAUGCAGCAAGGUACAAAAAAUGAGUUGAGGAUGAGCGGGUGUUUCAAUUCUUGGCUGGUCUUCAUCACUCAUUAGAUGAUGUCCGAAGCAGAAUCCUAGCUCGCUCGCCAUUACCCUCAGCACGAGAUGCAUUUGGAGAAAUCUGUAGGGAGUCUUCUCAUCGAAAGGUGAUGCUUACUGACCCUGUUCCUGUAUCUUCUUCUUCUGAAACCUCUGCCUUGAUAAGUAGGAGCUCUGAUCACGGUUUGAAGGAGACAAAAGGAAAAAUCUCGUGUGAUCAUUAUAAAAAGACUGGUCACACAAAGGACAAGUGUUGGGAUCUUCAUGGGAAGCCUGCUGACUGGAAACCACGCAAGGGUAAGGCACGUGGAUAUCAAGCUACUUCUGAAAAUGCCCCAGAUAAAUCUGCUGCUAUCCCUCAAAUGGAUAAAGACCAGUUAAUUAAGCUCCUGGAGGUGUUAAAUACACUACAAUGACCUGGUCAACCAUCUCAAAACCACACUGGGUAAGAAUCAUUUUGCAUUGAAUACCUCCUUCCAUAAAUCCCGGUGGAUUGUUGACUCUGGGGCCUCAGAUCACAUGACGACAGACUCCACGUUAUUCACAUCAUAUUUUCCAUGUAGUGAACAUGAGAAAAUUGAUACUGCUAACGGAACAUCUUCCUCCAUUGCUGGAAAGGGAAGCAUUAUUAUUUCUGAAUUUUUACAACUGGAUUCAGUUCUUCAUGUUCCAUACUUAGCUUGUAAUUUGUUAUCCAUAAGCAAGUUGACUAAACAAGCUCACUGUAGUGCUCAUUUUUUCUCUACUCAUUGUAUCUUUUAGGAUCUCACAUCGGGGAAGAUGAUUGGCAAUGCUGAGUGUGAUGGGUUAUACUACCUUAAUGAAUCAACCGUGAGUAGUCUCUGGUCUCGUAUUCGGUGUAAUCUUGUGUCCACCUCUGAGAAUAAUGAUCUUUUGUUAUGGCAUAAAAGAAUGGGUCAUCCUAAUGUCCAGUACUUAAGUCGUCUGUUUCCUCAUUUUUCAUUCAAUAAAAUUUCUACUUUUCAUUGUGA